AGCAAUCUAUCCCGUUUCUGCAUCUCCUACCUUGUUGCUAAACCAUGGGUGUCACAAGUUUUACUCAAGAAUUCACUUGCCCAAUUGCAGCAGCUCGCGUGUUUAAGGCCUUGAUCAUAGAGUCCAACACUUUGAUCCCCAAACUCCUGCCCCAGUUCAUCGAGAGUGUGGAUGUAAUCCAAGGAGAUGGUGGAGCUGGAAGCAUUGAGCAAGUCAACUUCACUGAAGCCAGCCAUUUCAAAAAUGUUAAGCAUCGGAUUGAUGAACUCGACAAAGAAAACCUUAUGUGCAAGUACACCAUGAUCGAGGGAGAUGCUCUGGGUGAUAAACUUGAAUGUAUUGCAUACGAGGUCAAGUUCGAAACCAUAAGCGAUGGAGGUUGCAUCUGUAAGAUGACGAGCAACUACCACACACUGGGGGAGUUUGAGAUAAAAGAGGAGGAAAUUAAGGCAGGCAAGGACAAAGCAAUGGGGAUAUACAAAGUUGUGGAAGCCUAUCUUUUGGAGAACCCUACUGUUUAUGCUUAAUUCCUUGCUGCUAUCAUAUGCUUUUACAAUUAGCUUCUUUGUUCUUCUCUAUUCAUGAUUCUAUUGGGUCCUGAUUUGCCCCUUUGAUUUUUAUCCUGGGAAAAUAUAUUUGAUUUUGCUUUCUUUUGUAACAGCCAAUAAGAAAUUAUCAGUCUGUGAAACCAAUAAAAUAUAAACAAGUAAAUCGCAUUUGAUCAUAUUUGCUUAUA